GUUCAAAAAUUGGAGAGCAAGACAACUCGACCGUCGAGGCGAAAGCGAGACUCGCCCCAACUCACCCUCCCCCUCCCACUCCCACCACUCCUCCCCAUCCGUCCCCCUCGACCUCGGCGCCGGCCAUGGCGGCGGCGCAGCAGAAGCCUGGCAAGCGGCUGGGCGGCAUGGCGGAGGCGCUCGCCAUCGCCGCUGACCUUGGCUUCCCCGCCCCUCCCCCGCAGGAGGAUCAGAGUAGCACGGACAAGAGUGAUGAUUUGGUGAGGGUUUUGAGGGAGCUGACUGUCGUGCAGAGGAACAUUGCCAACUUGCAAGUGGAGCUACAAGGCAGAAAGGAUGAUAAAAACAUUGCUCAUUUGACUCAUGUUAGUGAGAUGGAAAAGAAGUGCGAAUCUUUGGCCAGAAUCACUACUAUUUUGAAAGAUGUUAUUCAGAAUAAGGAUCGCAUUAUUGCUCGGCUGCAACAACCAUACUCCCUUGAUUGCAUCCCUGUUGAAGCUGAGUACCAGAAACAAUUCUCUGAGCUACUUCUGAAAGCAGCAAGUGACUAUGGGGCAUUGACAGCAUCAGUCGAUGAUUUCCAGUGGAGCCAAAACUUUAGAGAGUCACCUGCUGUCUGGGGGGAAAUACUACGACCAAUACCUGCUGCACUUGCUUCCUGCACCCGCUUCUUUGAGGCCAUGUCUGCGAUGAGGGAGUCCUUUUCAACUCUUCAGAAACUGCGUGUCGGCCAUUCCUCUUUGUCAGUGACACCAGGCGGCUCCAGCGACAAUUCGAAGUACUUGACGCCGCAGCCUCAGUGGAGAGACGGCUCGAUGCUCGAUACCUGGAAGCAGGUGGAUGACAGCAACCCUGAGAGCGAUGGAGUCGAUGGCAUCAACCAGAGGAGGUUGUCAUGGCCGUCCUCCAUCAAGAGGGACCCCUAGGUCACAGAUCACCCUUCAAACUUGUGUUCCGGUGUUAUAUAUAUAGGAUUCCAUCUUGUCCAGUUGUCUUUGAUUAUUUGCGCUUUCGGUCUGAUCACUUGAAUCCAUUUGGCAUGUUCCACUUAAGCGAGAAAUGAUGUUAGAAAUGAUCUGUAAGUUCCUAACUAAAGUCGGUAUUUUCCGGCAAAAUUCCAUGUUAUUGUAAUGAUACACUCGCAGUCUCAAGGAUCAGAAACAAGUAGUUUCACUUGCCAUA